AUGCACACGAGCGCCCGCGCCCUGCUCAACGUCAGCCUAGUGGCUGUCGCUUACAAGGCGCCAUUCGGGUUUACCUCGUUGGUGUAUCUGGGACCGACGUUAUCCGUGGCAACGGAAUACGUUUCUUUCAAGUACAACACCACCAUGCGCUUCAAUCUUACCGUUUUAUCCGAUCCGGUACGGACAACGUGUGCGGAUUUAAAUGACAACGCCGUCAGGAUGGUGUCGGAAUGGCAGUACGGACAGCGCCAGGGGAACGACCUUACCGUCUACAUCAUACCCGCCUGCGUCGAAACGACCGAGAUGCCGUAUUUGCAGUCGCAGUGGAAUAAUAUAUGGAUUUCAACGAUGUCGGUCAGUCCUCAAAUCCGCAAUCGCCAACUGUAUCCCACCUGGAUCGCCACCAACUACUUCUCCUUAUCGCAGUGCUCGCAGUUGUACGUGGCACUCCUCAACAAAUACGCGUGGACGUCGGUGUUCUUCGUGAUCGACACCGCAUCGCCGCCGUUCUAUUAUACCUUAGCAUCUGCACUACUCGGGGAUCUCAAGAGGGAUCGCAGUAUGUCCAUCACGGUGCGCAAUAUUGCUACGACGCUGGGGAAGCCUUAUGGACAGUUUGCAGCCAUUCUGGAUGAUAUACGUCAGGCCAGCCGAAUUGUGCUGUAUUUUGGACACGCGGCCUUUUUACGGGAGUUUCUGAUCACGGCGGCUGAAAGACAGAUGACUAAUGGAGAAUAUGUCUAUAUCUCCGUGGAAACUAUGAAGAAUAAAAUGCUGGGACUUUUGCACUGGCGGUAUAACGACAGCCGUGACGAGAUCGCUUUUCAAGCUUUCCAAUCGCUCUUGGUCGUUCAUCCGCGAAACAUCUACGAUGGUCCCGAUCCGACGCUGGGAGCGGAAUUCGUUAAAAGAUCACAGAGAGAUUACAAUUUCACUUAUUCGCUUGUGGAUCAGCCGUUCAUCUCAUUGGUGGACACGUACCUGGCAGUCACAAGCAUUUCCCAAGCCCUGAAUGAUUCUCUAUCGGCUGGAGAAGAUCCAGCUAAUUUAACCGGUACCACGUUGGUCAAGUACAUUUUAAACCGAACCUUCACGGAUGACAACGGGGGCGGCACCAUCUACGUGGACGGUAACGGACAACGGCGGGCUGAUUUUACCAUAUCGUAUUUCACGACCGGUGGCAGCCGUGAACCGUUUAUGCAAAAACUCGGAAAAUCCGACGAGCUGACAGAGGUCACCCGCUUGACAACAUGGGCUAACUCGACCUUCCCGCCACCGAACGAGCCAUUCUGUGGCUACAUGAACCAGAAGAAAGUUUGCCAGCCAGAGCGUAAGAACCGUAAACCCGCUAACAGGCAUUGGUCAUGUUUUUGUAUGGACCACAGGUAA